UUUCCGCGUCCUGUGACUGCAGUCAGGUGGUUGAGGCCUCCCCUCUGCCGCCCGGCGCGGGCCGGCCCGGCGGGCAGCGUUGCCUGGAGGCGAGAUCCCGGCCGGGAAAGUUUUGGGGCUGAGCAGAGCCGCGCCGAGGCCAGGCAGGCAGCGGGGAUGGCCGGUGGGGAAGGGCCGGUGGCCGAGUGCCGGGAGCACCUCUUCAAGGUGCUGGUGAUCGGGGAGCUGGGUGUGGGCAAGACCAGCAUCAUCAAGCGGUACGUGCACCAGCUCUUCUCCCAGCACUACCGGGCCACCAUCGGGGUGGACUUCGCGCUCAAAGUCAUCAACUGGGACAGCAAGACCCUGGUGCGGCUGCAGCUCUGGGACAUCGCAGGCCAGGAACGUUUUGGAAAUAUGACAAGAGUAUACUACAAAGAGGCAGUUGGUGCCUUUGUGGUCUUUGAUGUCACAAGAGGCUCUACUUUUGAGGCUGUUUCAAAAUGGAAGCAUGAUUUGGACAGUAAAGUAUUACUUCCCAAUGGCAGCCCCAUCCCUGCUGUUCUUCUUGCAAACAAGUGUGACCAGAAGAAAGAUGGCAGCCAAAAUCCCUCUCAAAUGGACCAGUUCUGCAGGGAAGGUGGCUUCGUUGGGUGGUUUGAAACAUCUGCCAAGGACAACAUCAACAUAGAUGAAGCUGCUCGAUUCUUGGUGGAAAACAUCCUUGCCAACUAUAAAACCUUUCCUAAUGAAGAGAAUGAUGUGGGAAAACCAAAACUGGACCUAGACCCAUUGAAAGCAGAGAGUAAAUCACAGUGCUGCUAAUGCUACCGCUGUUCAGCAAAUGUGAUGGAAUGAGCAGCAAGACUGUUCCUUAAAUUCAACUGCUGCUAUGGUGCUGCAUUGUGACAAUUCAUAUGGGGUGUCUGGUGUUAUCUGAACAGGUGAUUCACGUGGGCAUUUACAUACUCUUGUUUAACCUGGAACUUAUGAAUUGUCACUCCACUUGCUUGAGUGGCUGCAUCUAAGUCUGAUUAGUUUCUUACCUGAGAACAUAAGGUAGUGGUUACACGCCUGAAAAAGGAAUAAAGUUACAUUCAGUGUCUACUUUCCUUCUAGGACAUAUGCUACAUUCCAAAUAGGACUCACUCAUGGUUUUAGCUGAACAGACACUUGCACCUUUUCUGAAUACUUCUCCUUUGUCACCAGUAGUGUCCGACUUUAGCCUGACUUCUCACCUACACACUUGUCCUUAUUUAUUAUCCCCACCAUGAGGGUCUGUCUCAUUGCUAGUUCUCCUGGAUCAAGACAUUCCAGAAGUCUUGAAGUGGACAAUGACAGACAGGAGAUAUCAUCCUCAGUGGGCUCACCAGGAUUGAGUGGAGUAGACUGCUUUUAUCACAGAGUAAGAACAAGCUGGAAAAAUGACUGUUUAAUGGGAAAGGCAUGGUUAAAGAUAAUAGCAAAAAUGCAUCUCCAGCUACUUAAAGCAGAAAAUUUUCAGCUAAUGCUUUACCUGUGAAACACAUUAGUGAAUACAGUUAUACUUCUGACACAACUGUAAUCAUGGUAGCUUCACCCAUAUGCACACCUAGAAAUAAACAUUCAGAAACCCUUUCAUGCACUAACACUGAAAACUUUAGCAAGAGCUCAUAAAGUAAAUAUCUUACUGUCCUGUGAUAAUCAACUUGCUUCUUUUUUAUUCUGCCUGGAGAUAGUUCUGAAUACUGAGAGGAGAAGGGGAGAUGUCAUGAAAGAAAUGGUUAAACUGAUUCUUUGUAGUCUAUCAAACACAAAGCUCUACCUUUUUUUCAAUUUUAGAACAGUGCUGCACUCUUCUGACUACUCAGGGCUGGUGAACUGGCUUACCAGUUUGUAGCUCUCUGUGCUCAAGCUUCCUUAGAACUCAUGCAUUUCUGGCAGCAAAUGAAAAUCAAAAGGAGUAGAGAGACGACACAGUUCUUGAAUAUAUUCUGGAACUCUGGCUCUGCCUGGCUGAAAGGCUUUGAAGCUCCUUUUAAAUUUUAAAGGUUUCUUCUGUCCUGGUAUCUUAUUGCUACUGGCUUCAGAAGUCUUGUCUUGUUUGGUCUGAUGGUACUGAUGUUUAAACAUUCACAUGAAGUAUGUGCCAGACUGGAUGUACUCUAAUCUGCAUUAUAACUUUCUAAGCUGUCUUUUUUUCUAAAGAGUAACAUACUUUUUAAGAGACCAAUAAAUAUAUUUGGGCAUCUUAUGUUGUUGGCGUAUGCUUUUGAGAAUGAAUCUUCAUUUCCUGUGUGCUAUCCUGUAUAAACUUGUUUUCAAAUGUCAGUGAAAAUGUUUGUGUAUUCUAGUAGUCACUGUGUUAAAGGCUUGUUUUAAUUUAUCAUAGUAAGGUUUGGCAUAAAUUAAAACAGGGUUUAACUAGUUUCUGAUUAUAAAGUAAUUCAGAUGAAAGGGUUCCUAGGUUGUGAAAGGGUUCUUGGGUUGUCAAGCUUAAUAUCCUUCUCCAAGCAAGGUCAUACACAGUAGCUCAGGCCUUCAUGUGGCCUUCUGCUCUUAAACCUUCAGCAACAGACUGACCUCAGGGAAAGUUGUUUCAAAGCAUAACCAUCCUCAUGAGCAUUUGUCUAGUCUGAACCUCUAACUUUGAUUUAUUUUUAUGUCCAUGGUCUGUCAUCCUUCCACUGGAGCACUAGGAGGGAUGCAUCUAUUAGACAUGCAGACUUACUUGAUGCUUAAAACUGGACACUUAAACCUUGGUUGCUUCCUACAACUUCUCUGAAAGCCUUUAGCACAUCAGAAAGGAAGCUGCAUCCCAACCAUGUUUCUUGCCUCUUGGUUUGUAUGGGUUGUUAGCCUUUCAAGCUAACCUGGAAUUACCAUAAUCUCCCUGUUCAGCCACUUCUACAAGUCCACUCGGACUGUAAACUUGCUUGUUAAAGCUAUUUAAUCUCCUAAACUACUUAAAGCACAUCUGUACAGAUGUGGUAACUAGCCAGUGGAGCAUUUGCGAAGUCUGGUUUUUUAUACUUCUUGAAUAGAUAAAGAUACAUGACAAAAAUUCUUGAGUAAACAUGAAAUUUCUGUUUAUUUGGUUUCAAAUGAGUAAGCUUACUGGACCAAUGCAUUAACAUAAACACUGACUAAUGGUAUAAGGCCAAUUUUUGAAUUCUAGAAUUAUGUCAUUAAAAGUUUGUGUAGUAAGUUCAUGGUCCAGUUCCUUAAUUUCUUUUUUUUUUUAUUGGAGAAAUUGCCAGUAAAGUGUUUUUUUUUUUUUUUUUCUGAGCAGCUAUGGUGCUUGCUCUUUUCUGUUCUUAGUUCUCAAAUUCAGCAACAGAAUGAAAACCAGACUGAAGCUCUGGGACUCUGGUAGAGUGUGAAUCUUCACUGUGUCUUGGCAAUGUAAUCCUGUACAGAUCAAUUUUCAAAUGUCUAAAUUGCUGAUUGAAGAGCUGUUGCUGUUCUGUUUAAGCACUUUCCUUAUCUUCGUGGCUUGCUCUCUUCUGAGAUUCCAUAUGAAUAUAGAGUGGCCAUGACUGUCAAACUGUGGAGUACAGUAAUUUUGAUUUAUUAUGUCACUGGCUGGAGAAGUUGAGCCUGAGUGAUGUUCAGGAAAUACAAUCUACAAAGAUCAAUUAGACUAGGCACAAAAACCUGUUGUAAUUUGCCUAAGAUCUUUGUUUUGGAAAGAUAUCUGAAAUUUAGACAGACCUGAUUUAACUUCAGACUGGCAAGUAGGAAGUAUCAAACACUUGUUUUAUGUCUACAGGAUAUAUCAUAUAGUGAUUCAUCUCAAUCUAAUCAGAUGAGCAGAGGCCCUGUGUAGUUGUAUUUCAUUACCUCUUGCAAUUUGAAAUAUGUCAAUCUUAAAUGAGCAAGUACCUGGUGUGUAGUCCCUGUAUUUAAGGGAUCAUUUUGAGAUAAAGAACUUGAGUAAAAAUCUAAGCCAGUGCUUCAAGUAAAUAUCUUACUUGGCAUAUUUCCAUUAUCUUAUUUCAUAUAGGCUAGAAAUGGCAAAUAGUCAUUCUGUAUUGUAGUUGUGCAGUCUGUCUGUGCAGCUAAUUUGUUUAAGAAGUUUAAUGAGACUUCAUAACUUCUGAAAAAAACUAUAAAGGACUUGGAGCAAUUAGUUACAUCUAGAAAAUUUACAUAGAGAAGGAUCACUUAGUUGCAGUAGUAGAAAAGUAUGAGCUAAUUUAUGAUCUAGGUUUUGGAAUUUUGUUUAAAAUGUUAGACUGAGUCUUAAUAGCAUCCAGUCUCCUCAAAGUGUGCAAAUCCUUGUUUAUUUUUAGUGAUUAAUUGCUGGGGAAUACUUUGAGCAAUUCUUACAGACUUAGUGCCUGAGUCACUGUUUGAUAGGUGGUGAUAAGAAUAAAUAGUUAUAAAAUGAAUUUUUGUAGUAAAAUUGUGGUGUUGAAUGGUGAAAUACUUUUCUUUUAAAUGGAGUUCCUUUAUCUUCUGGCUUUUAGUAUCUAAAUGAUCUUUAUUCUAAAAUGGAGAACUGGCUGCUUGUUUCCUCCUUUAUAGAACGCUUUACUUGCUAUGGAAAUGGUUCUCUAAAUGUGCAUACGCAUUCAUCCUUUGUAUAAUGAAUUACUGAAAAAUGUAAGAAAAUGAGGUGGCACUGGACAGGAAUAAAAAAGUGCAUUAGGAAAAUGCCAGUGAUGUAAGUAAUGAUUCUGAAUUGGAAUACUCACUUGGCAGUAUGUGAAAGGUCACUUCAGACAGAACUCUUUGUUCUGCAGCAGCCCACUAGUGAAAAUAAGGAACGUGCUAGAUUCAGAUUUAUCUAAUGAAGAUUAUUUUAAAGAAACUGUCUGUAUCAUAUGUGACUGUUAUAAAGCUCUGUAAGCUC